GGAGAGCAUUCAGUUUGAAAGCCAAUCCUAAAGCGUUCACUUGUUGAAAACCUGACUGAUACAUAGACUGAAAAAACAAAUCAAUUGAUCGACCAUGAAUUCCGCAGUUCUCGGUUGCUUUGCUCUGGCCCUGCUUCAAAUAUGCCAAGCCCAAGAUGUGGAAAUUGUGGCGAAAGCCCCAUCCAAUCUCAUCAAUUGCGGUUGUCAAUGCGAUCCUUAUACUUGGAGAGAUUCUUAUGGCAACGUCCAAGGCAAUUGUCGAACACCAGAUGGCACAAAAGCUCUGUGGUGUUACGUCCCAAGGGGAUUCUCGAGCUGCGAUGAUCUGCGGCUAUCCCGGAACCGUGUGGAUUUCACGGGCAAUCGCCGUCAAUGGAGCUAUGAGGCGUGUUCCACGCCCGCUUUGACCAGUCCCGUUUGUCGCGGAUUCAGCUCUGGAGGCAACUAUGUUGGCCCUCAAAGUCCCUCUCGUCCCAAUAGGAACAACAGAAGGAACAACCGGAGGAAAAAUCAAGGAGUGGGACGACCCAAUAGUGGUUAUGCCUCAGGUGGCAGUGGCAAUGUGAGAGGAUCCGGAAACGUUGGUGGCGGAGGAUUGAACCUGGCUGACUUGCUCAAACCAAGAAGUGAGGGUCUGGAUCCAGGGAAAACGACUGAAGAAGUGAAGUUUGAAUUCCAAUGAAAUCAAUCACAACCCAACAAAUGCGAUUGAGAUCUAUGUCUAGGGAGGAAUUACGGAGCAGAUAAUAAAUGAUAUCAAUUAGGCA